UAUCAACCCCCUUUCUUCUGCUUCGCUGAUUCCUAGGGUUUGGAGGCCCCUUGCCUUCUGAUCUUUCCCCAUCCCCGAUCGCAGAACGCUAAUCCCGAAGAUGUGACCAUAGGAAGGUACCCUUUCACUCGCAAUUCAUGCUCUGAUCUUUAUGUUUCAGCUGCUCCCGGGAAAUUUCGUUGGGUUUUCAGUAAAAUCGCCUGCGUUCUUAGUUCCCUAUGGGCGGACGAAUUUCGGUUUUUGAGAUUUUUGGUUGUAGUUGGCAUUGAGAUUUGAGGAAUUCUGUGGUGGAUCUUGGUAAAUUGUGCUAGGUUUAGGUUGUUGCGGAAGGUUGAGGCAUGGAUUUGAAGGACGAUAGAUCGAAAUCUGGGUCGGAGGAGGUGGGAGAGAGGAAUGAAACCGUAGGAAAGAUGGCACCUUUAGGUGCAAAUAAGGUGGAGGUCAAUGGCGAUAUGGGUCCUGAAGAAUAUAUUAAGAACCAUUCCCCGGUUGAAACAGGGGAUGCUGAUGGGGAUAGGGAGGAGAUAGGGAGUGUAUCUCCUCCUGAAGCAAAUUCGUCUCCGGCAGAAGCAAAAGUGAAUGGGGAUGGAGUUGGAGUUGGGAAUUCGGCCGGUUCGCUGUUAAGGACAAUUGUAUCUCCUCCGAUUGCAGCGCCUGAGGUGGUGGCAUUGAAGCAGACGCCUACGAAGGGGUAUGGAUUAAAGAAAUGGAGGAGAAUAAGGAGAGAUUUAAAUAAGGAUGGAACGACUGGUGCCGAUUCUGCUCAGAUUCUUAAACGCAGGCUUCCGCUUGUGGAGACUCAGAAGCCUCGUGAUGAGAACAAGCAUAAGAGUGAUGGUGAGGGUGAGGGCGAGGGUUCAGUGGCUUCUCUGGAGUCGAGGAAUGCUAGAGGGUCUCCCCUCGCAGUUGCUGGUGGCACCUUGGACCCGGAGCUUGGACUGUUGGUGGCAGCUACUGGCUUCUCUAUUGGCAUGGAUUCUGAGAAUAGUGAGGACCGAAGUAGCAAGUCUUCAACUGCUGCAAGUGCUCCAAGGCUUAGGCAUGAAGCGGUGGGAUUUGGGAGGGAGAGAGGCAGGGUGAAAAAUUUUGGUGGGAGAGGAUCAGGGAAUGUUGUACAACAAAGGGGUCAACGGGGGAGAGGAGGUGGCUUAGAUAACAUCAAGAAGUUUAGAGGAGAUCAGGUUAGAAUUGAGAAGGAGAAUUCACAUUCUAGUGCAGAGUCUGACUUGAGAAGCUCUAAUGCAGCCUUUGCGCAGAGGGGCAGCAUGAUUAGUAGUGGAAAGCAGAGUGAGAAAUCAGUAAAUUAUGAUGGAGGGAACAGCGAUGAAGCUCAGCCCAGUGAGGAAGUCCGAUCAGCUUACCACAAAGAGAACGGGGUGCUUGAAGAUUUAUUGAAGGAAAAUUUAGACGCUGAAUUAUUGGCAGACGAGAAUGUUGAAAACAGUGAGAGCUGUCGAUCACACCCAAGUCUUGAUCCUUUUGUUGAGUCACUUGUUUUGCUUGAGGCAGCUCAGCAAGCUCUAGAAAGUGUUUGCACGGAGGACGAUGCUUCAUCACGAACUGAUCAUUUUUGUCCGAUAUGUUGUCCCUGUUCAGAAAUUGAGAAAUUUGGAGAAAUUGAGAAGGAGCCAGACGUCGAUGACUUUGAUGACGAUUAUGAAGAAGUGGAAGGUAGUAGUUCCCCAUCUCCUGAAGCUGAUUCAAUCCAAUUGAAUCAAAAGAUAGAACAUCUUCAGUGUAAACUGGAAGAAGCACUAGCAGCUGUCAGUUCUAGAGAAUCAAAGGUGCUUGAACUUGAAGCGAUCCUCAACAAAUCUGAGUUGCCAAAAAAGGAAAUAGAGAAAACUGAUCUACCAUUACUUAAAGAGAACUGCAAGGAGAUGGAGUUUGAACUUGAGAGCCUGCUUGAGAAGAAGAUAGAGGCAGAAAUCGAGUAUUUGAUCAUGGCAAGAGCUACUCAAAGUUGGAAAGUCCGGGCAGAAGAUCACAUCGCUCUGCUUGAGGACCAGAAGUCUCUUGCUGGAGAUCAAAUGCAGAUUAUGUGCGAGUUGAGAGAUACUGAGAAUAAGGCUAUCAUGUUGAAGGGGAAAAUGGAGGAAUUAGAGGCUUACUGUGCAGAGCUGGUAGGGAUCGAAGAGGUGUUGCGGCUGCAGAAUAAAGUCUUUAAGUCUUCUCUCUGUUGCUUUGUUCAGCUGGUAAUGUUGUUUAUUGCAUUUUGGUUGUUUCUCAUGCAGCUGUUGUCCCCAUCUAGCGGGGUUGUACCCACCUAAAUUCUGAAAACAGCCCUCAUGUACUUCUAUCAGUUUCAGAAGAAGUUUUUGUGUAAGAUAUUAUUAGGCAAAUAUGAAUGUACGUGCUGUCUUCUUAAUAUUCUUUAGCACACAAGUCAAUAAAUUUGCUUAUUGUAUCACAUUUUUCAGAAGAAGUUAGUUCUAUUUAAUAUUUGUACUGCAAUUUUAAAGAGUUUUUAUUAUA